GCUAGUCAAUUAUUAUAUGAAAUUGAAGCUCAGUAUCCAAAGAGGAUAAUUCAUAAAAAUCCUCAAAAUUUAGCAGUUGAGGCCUUAGAAGUAUACUACAGGAUUCAUGCGAGUAUUUUAAAAUAUUUAGAGCAACACGAAGGUAAAAGUCUUAAGAAAUCUCUAGCCAUUGUUCUUGAGGAAAAUCUUAAAAACUGCUUGCAGUCUCCAUUUGCAAGCAACGGCUUGAAAUUUGAUGACAACUCAAUCCAUAAUAAGGGCAGUAAUUUAAAUUUAUUAAAAGGUGAUAAAUUAAAUGCUAUUUCAUUAUCGUGUCCUAGCAAUAAAAAAAACUUUAGUAACACUAGGUCAUGCACGAUAAAUGAUUUGAAUAGGUUGAACUCUAAUGAUAUAUUACACAUUGACCUUAUGCAAGAUGUUGUUACGCUGACUGACGAAAUUAUAACAAAAGUUUGUGCAAUAGUCUCUGCAGAAAAACCAGAUUCUGAAAAACAAAAAAAAGACAGCAAACUAAAACUUAAAGAUGCUGGAACUACAACUUAUGAACCUGAAGAAAAAAAGAAAAAACUGCACUAUUUAAGCGAAAAUCCUAUUAACCACACAGAUCAUUACAAAACAGAAGGAGAGAAAUGGAAAUCUUUCAAUUCUUAUGACAAAAAAGCAUCAGAAGGAUCUGAAAAGUCUGAUAAAAGAUCUCAUAUG